AUGCUGUGUUGCACAUCGCGGUUUCUCUGGAGUCGGACAGCUGUCACCCUCGUCUUUGCCCUUUCGGGAGGGCGACGCGGGCAGGCCUCGAAGGAGGGCGGCUCCGCCUCAGAGGCUCAUUGGGCUGCUUUUCCCCCUCCAGACACCGGUGGAGUUUCCUACGGCGAGGAAGAGCUCCUCCUUGAGCGUAAUUUUUACGCGGAUGAGGGGCCCGAUGGGGAGGCGGCUGGCUUCCCUGAGGAUUCCCGCGAGCGCGCGGGGGUGCAAGCCGUGUGUGAGGACUUGGACUCGCCGAGAUGCCUCCGAGGCAAGCCCUUUCCUGAGUGCAUCGCGCAGAAGCUGCGGUGUGCGGCCGCGGCGAAGGGCUUCAGCCUUCCGAUAUGGGCUUCCAUGAAGGCUUGCCUCGAGAUAGGGCUCGAGCUACGGCCCGGAGAGGAUAGGGGGACAAUCGUACAUGGGUGGGGUGCCAGUGAGUUAGAGUUAUACAACAUUCAACAAACGAAUUACCCCUAUUCCCAUAUUAAGGAUACUAUGCAGGAUGUUUUGAACGGUUUGCGGAAUCGACAUAAUCUCUUCAUGCCGCGUGGUAUCAGUGGUCGAUUAUUACCAAAUACAUACGCAUCAACGAUUCGGUGUCAUCCGUCUUUCUCUACACUUCAGGCGAUCUGCCCGUUGUGGAUUAACAAUAUUCAAUUGAGUGCGAUGCAUGACCGUGUAAAAGAGUCCGAAAAAUCUAACUUCGUAUUUAUUCCCACAUUUAUAAAACCAUUCACAAGCUUUGGGUUUUCCUUGCCAUUUUUUGCAAUGAAGACGAACCAGAGUCAGAGUGUGGGAUCGGGUGCAGAUUUCCGCAAAAAUCUCAUUUAUUAUAACGUCUCGCAGCUCGAGAACGCUGAGCGGUACACCAGGGAUCGAGAUGUUUUCAAGCCAUUGUUUAUGUUGAGUGCAUAUGGCAAACGAUACCCCGCGGUGUUUUCAUUCCAGUUGUUCGAGUACUGUCGCAAGUACUUUUUUAACAAGAAUACUGUCUCAGUGUGGGUCACGGAGUCGCGGCUGAAAAAGUUGGGCGGGGAAGUAAUUCACGAGCCCCGCUUCUCGACCGAGGAGGCUCGACAAUCGUACCUGACGCAGAGCCCUCUUCCGCCCAGUGCAGAUGGACGUAAGGAAGGGAUCGUACCACCACCAUUUGUGACGUCCUUUAAUAGUGAGAUUAUAACGCUUUUAAACGCGGAGCAGACCAGCUUGUAUGCUUUGCUCCACAGAAUGGCUCAGAAAAUGUAUUAUGAAUAUCUUGCACAUCCUGCGGCAAGUGAUAAAUGUGAAGCAAAACGAUAUCUAAGCUCGAUCUUUCAAUGA